CUCCCACAGAGGCGGGGCGUCCGGCGAGCAGCGAGUGUCAACAACAUGCCGGAGUCUUCCGGAGAAACAGAAACUGAGAAAAAGCUGACAGGCAGACAACAAAGAGAUCAAGGACCUCCUUCGUCUCAUGAAAUCGUGUCUUUGGUAUCUCAGUUUGCAGAUGAUCACUUAGCACUCGUGCGGUUCCUCCCAAGCUAUUCCUCCAUGCGAAAUGCUGUCAACGCCCUGACCAGAUCAUGUCAGGCUUCACCAGUGGUUCCAGGUGGUGUUUUUGAUGCCCCUAACAUCAGCACAGGGUUGGCAGUUGCUGGUGUCAUUGUAAUUGCAAGGAGCAUUAAACUGGUCACCAAAUUUCGAGCCGUGUCUGAGAUUCCCGCUCGUUUCAUUGAGAGCAAUAUCAGCCUUCGUGGGAAAGUUCAUUCAAUCACAGAGAGAGGACUUGAGGUGGAACAUGUCCCAAUUUAUCUGCCAAUCGUCUCUACGUUACUUUCAAAACACAAAGGCGGCGCCACGUCCCCGAUGCUGGUGCAUCUCGCAGGAGUGGAGUUGACUCCGGAGGGCAAAGUAUGGCUGCACAAGAACUUGGCUCCUUCCCAAACAGUCUGGCUAAAACUUAUCAGCCGAGAAGACGACAUGCUGCACUGUUUGGUGUCUCAAAGCGGGCUGGGGUCGAUGUGGAGCUACUGUAUGAACGAAGAGGUCCUCCGGCUCGGUCUGGCUCGCACCGCGCCCCUGGUCGGGGUCCUGCCGGACUCUCGUCUCUACUGGCGUCUCCUCAAACGGCUGCACAGGGCAGAGGUCAAAGCUGAGAAGAAGGGGCGGGGGCUGUGGCAGCGGGACAGCCUGUGGGAGAGGGCCUCCAAGGUUGUCAGGGCCAAUGCUUUAUUCAGACUGAUGAGGAGGAUGUUUGGGAAGAACAGUGAAUGAUGGUUCCAAGAGAGCUGUUUAAUUAAAAUGUGACAGGACAUAAUCUGCCUCAGUUAUUCUGUAUACCUGUGAUGUAUUGACACAAAGCAUUUAACAAUCUUACCACAGGCUUUAAAAAGUUCCAUCUAUCACUAAUCUGUAAUGUGUGAUACAUACGCUUAUUAACGCUAUGAAAACAACCUGAUCUUACUGAGUUUACAUGACUAACUACACCUGUUGCAAUGGUUUGUGUUUUAGUUUUACUGAAAGUUUGAAAUGAUUAAAAUGUAUUGCAAACCUC